AGAUGGCGCUGCGCACCACACUUUAGACAACCUGUGUGUGUUUGUCUGUGUUUAUGGCUGCGCUGGUGCAUUCCGGCCAGUGACCCCAUCGCUCCGGAGUGUGCGGUGUUCGCACUCACAGCUGUCCAGUAGAAAAACACUGUCCAUCAUGAGCAGUAGGAGGAAGCGUGCGCCGCCCGUCAGGGUGAAUGAGGAGGCCAAGCGGAGGCUUGACUGGAACAUGCAUGAGGACAGGAGGAACGAAACGAUCGUCAUUGAGGAGGACGACGCUAACGUCCUGUCCCUGGGGCCAUUGCUGGCUCCUUACCCUGGUCCUGCCGAAGAAGACCUUGAGGUUAGGUGCUCCAGCCCUCAUCCACCAUUGGAUCCCGAGGAAGAGCCUUCAUGUUCGAACUGGGACCCCACCCCGUCCUUGCAGCUCAACGUGGUGCCCGUCUCCGAUAUGGAACCAGUCUGGAAGGCUCUUAUCGGAGAGUUCAGCCUGCGCCCUAAGCAUGGCUUGUGGUGCCAGAGCGUGAGGUUUCUCCAGAGGACUGGAGAUCAGCUCAGCGUGGUUCCUCUUGGCAAUGGAGCUGCAGAAGGCUGCGUGGACCAUGAGGGGGUCAUGGUGCCCACCUGCCUGGUUGAGUGCUCUCUGAGUGGGUCUGUGCUGCAAGACCUGGAGUGGCUGCAGAAAAGAAGAAUUGUUCAGCUUUGCCAGAAGGAUGACACGGCAUCCAUCAAGGUUGGCGUUUACAUCUUGGAAGCUGGGUUGGGAAAACCCGAGUUUCUGAGCGAAGGGAAUGGACGCAUAAAGAAAGUCAAUCAGCUGAUACAGAAGCUGAUGGAGCUCUUCUAUGACUUUAUCAUCCCCGAGGUGGUAGAGAACGAUGAAGAAGAGUGCGACACGGACAUGGAGCGCCAUAACGUCGAGGAGCUGUACGAUCAUGUCCGACGCUUGCACCAGGAGGAGAACCUCGAUCUGGAUGUGCAAAUCCAACAUGAGGCUGUCUUCCCAGUUCUGAGGCCCUACCAGUGCCAGGCGGUCCGCUGGAUGCUGAAGAGGGAGAAUUACCAAAGGGAUUCCACGCCAGAGAAAAUGCUCCAUUUCCUUUGGAGGGAAGUGGUCACUUUGUGUGGAAAGAAGCUGUUCUACAACCCCUGUACUGGCUGCCUUAUCCGGGAGUUCCCCCUGGCGGGAAUGGACUGGCCAGGGGGCAUCCUCGCAGACGAGAUGGGACUCGGGAAGACAGUGGAGGUGCUGGCCCUCAUCUUGAUCAACACUCGACAGGGCCUCCAGGAAGGUGGUCCUACCCUACCUGCGGGAACAUCAGUAAACUAUUUUGUCCCUAAUCCACCUACAGAACAGGAAAGGAGUGAUUGUUUAAAGCUUGAGGUAUAUCCCAAAGAGAAAGUAUCUUUUCCAGCAGUCCGCGUGAUGCUCCUUACUGCCAUAAAGGAGAUGAGGGUUGGGAAAGGAGCUUCCAUCAAUGCUAUAUUCACCUACAUCCGCACCACGUACGGCUACGAUCUGCUGAAGAACCGUUCUCACAUCAGGAAGGCACUGAGCAAGCUCAUCAAGGAAGAGCUGGUGGAGCAGGUCAAAGGUCGCGGCCUGGCUGGGUCAUUUAAGCUUGGAAAGAACUACAAAGAAACUAAGAAGAAGGCUGGUGCUGUUAAAAUGGCAAAACCAGCCACCCAGGAAGGCAAGCAAAGAACAACUGUCCGUAAGUGUGCAGGACGGCGGAAAGAGACUGCAACGAGUCUUGGAACCACAAAGCGGUCUGAAGUGGAGGACUGUAGUGGCUCACUCGAUGUCUGCUCUCCUGGUGGCCACCAAGAGGAGGAUGAUGCAUCUCAGGGACAGAAGUGUAGCUCUGCACAUGAUCCAACCCCUGACCCAACUUCUCAGGAACACCAGCCGCUCAGUGGGACCAAAGACCUGUGCCCUGACCCCCUCAGAGGAAGUGCCCCAAAUGAGCCAGUAGAAGAAGAGUCUGUGCCCACUCGGACUUCAGGGCUCCUCCCGUUCAACACACCCGACUACCGCUUUGAGUGCAUCUGUGGUGAGCUUGGCUUGAUGGACUACAAGGCCCGCGUGCAGUGCCUCAACUGCCUCCUGUGGCAGCACGCUGAGUGUGUGGGCUACAAGGAGGAGAGCCUGGGUACAACACCCUUCUACUGCCCUCACUGCCUGGUGGCCAUGACACCUGUAGCCACUGGUGCCACUCUUAUCAUCUCACCCAGCUCCAUCUGCCACCAGUGGGUUGAGGAAAUCAACCGUCACAUCCGUUCCUCCUCUCUCCGGGUCCUGGUGUACGGGGGUGUGAAAAAGCAUGGUUUCAUUCAACCCCGUCUCCUGGCUGAACAGGAUGUAGUCAUCACCACCUACGAUGUGUUGCGCACUGAGCUUAACUACGUGGACAUCCCACACAGCAACAGUGAGGAUGGCCGCCGCUUCCGCAAUCAGAAACGUUACAUGGCCGUGCCCAGCCCACUCGUGGCUGUGGAGUGGUGGAGGGUGUGUCUCGACGAGGCCCAGAUGGUGGAGUGCACUACUGCCAAGGCAGCUGAAAUGGCACUGCGCCUCUCCUCAGUCAAUCGCUGGUGUGUCAGUGGAACCCCUGUACAACGGGGUCUGGAAGAUCUCUAUGGUCUCGUGCUCUUCCUUGGUGUGGACCCUUACUGGGUGAAGUACUGGUGGGACCAGCUGCUCUACCGGCCAUAUCGCCGUGGAAACACAGAACCCCUCUACAAUGUGAUUGGUUCGCUGUUGUGGCGAUCAGCAAAAAAAGAUGUCAUUGACCAGAUCCAGAUUCCCCCACAGACUGAGGAGAUCCACUGGCUCAACUUCUCCCCGGUUGAGGGCCACUUUUACCACCGGCAGCAUGAGGUUUGCUCCCAGGAUGCCCUAUUCAAGCUCAGGAAGAUCUCAGACUGGUCCUUGAAGCUGGGCAGUCUGGACCGGCGCACAGUCAGCAGCAUUCUAUACCCAUUGUUGAGGCUACGGCAGGCCUGCUGCCACCCACAGGCUGUCCGGGGGGAGUUCCUGCCCUUCCAGAAGAGCACCAUGACCAUGGAGGAGCUGCUGAAGUCCCUACAGAAGAAGUGCAGGGUGGAGUGCGAGGAAGCCCACAGGCAGCUGGUGUGCGCCCUCAACGGCCUGGCCGGAAUCCACAUCAUCCGAGGUGAAUUCAUUGAGGCAGCCGAGCUAUACAGGGAUGUCCUGCGAUCCUCGGAGGAGCACAAAGAUAAGCUCAAAACAGACUCCCUCCAGAGACUGCACGCCACACACAACUUAAUGGAGCUGCUUAAUGCAAAGCACCCUGGUAUUCCGCCAACCCUGAGAGACGACCGUCUGAAAGAAGAGGCAGAACAACUGCGCCAACACUACAUGACCAAGUCCAAUUCAGAGGUCUCUGAUGCCCAUCAGGCCCUGCAGCCUGUUCUGCAGAGCAUCCGCGAGUUGAAGCGGAAGGUGCGUCUGCAGUCCGCCUGGUGGCUGGAUGUGAUACAGCAGGCGAUGCAGUACUCCAUCGACGAUGAACUGGUUCUCCGCAUUCAGAAUGAAUUGACCUGCAACUACAAACAGGAGGCGAGCAAGAUGUCUUUGGCUUACAAGUUCCGAGACAGCCGUGGCCUGCAGUAUCUGCUCAGCACCCAGAUGGAUGACCUGCUCAAGUCCCAGAAGACAGUACGGGGUGCUGUGAAGAGUCUGGAGGGACCCCCAUCGAAGAAGGUGAUAGAGGAGGCCACCAUCUGCCACCUGAGACCUGUACGGCUGCCGCUGAAUAAUUGCGUGUUUUGCAAAGCAGAUGAGCUUUUCACAGACUAUGAGUCCAAGCUGUUUUCUCACACCGUGAAGGGCCAGACGGCCAUCUUCGAGGAGAUGAUCGAGGACGAGGAGGGCCUUGUGGAUGACCGGCUGCCCACGACCAGUCGCGGCCUGUGGGCAGCCAGUGAGACAGAGCGCUCCCUAAAGGCUAUUCUGUCCUUCGCUAAGGCACGCCGCAUGUCCUCUGCACUGGUGGAGGAAGGAACCACCUUCAUGGAGCUGUUUGAGACUUGGAAGAAGGAGUACAAGCUGUUGCACGAGUACUGGAUGGUGCUGCGGGACCAUGUUUCGGCCAUCGAUGAGCUGGGCAUGGCCACCGAGCGCUUCCGUGUGCGCCACCCAGACGAGCCUAGGUCUAAAGUGCUGCACAUCAUCGAGCUCCACGAGGUGGAGCAGAACAGGGUGAAGCUGUUAAAUGACAGGGCAGUAGCAAAGUCUCAGCUGCAGAAGAAACUGGGCCAACUUCUAUACCUCACUAAUCUUGAGAAGUCCCAGGAUAAAUCCACUGGGGGCUUGAACCCGGAGCCAUGCCCCAUCUGCGCCCGCCCACUUGGGCAGGAGUGGGCAGUCCUGACGUGCGGACACUGCUUCUGCAACGAGUGCAUCGCCAUCAUCGUGGAGCAAUACAGCGUGGGCACGCGCCGGCGAGCCAUCAAGUGCGCCAUCUGCAGGCAGACAACGUCUCACACAGAGAUCUCCUACGUGUUCACAACCCAGGCUGCCAGCCAAGGUCAGGACAUCCCUGUCAAGGGUAGCCAUUCCACCAAGGUGGAGGCAGUUGUUCGAGCCCUGAAGAAGAUCCAGAUGACAGACCCAAGUGCCAAAUCCCUCGUCUUCUCCACGUGGCAAGGUGUUCUGGAUAUUAUCGCCCAAGCUCUCUUUGACAAUAACAUGGACUUCUCUCAGAUUAAUGGGAUUCACAAGUUUCAGGAGAACUUAUCGUCUUUCAAGUAUGAUGAGAAGAUUAACAUCCUGCUCCUGCCGCUCCACACGGGCUCCAAUGGGCUGAACAUCAUCGAGGCUACGCACGUCUUGUUGGUGGAACCCAUUCUCAACCCAGCCCAUGAGCUACAGGCCAUCGGCCGGGUGCACCGCAUUGGCCAAACCAGACCCACAUUUGUUCACCGGUUCCUUAUAAAAUCCACCAUAGAGGAGAGAAUGCAGGCCAUGUUGAAAACUGCUGAAAAGAGCCACAGUACUGCUGCCAUGAAGCACUCAGAGGCGUCUGUACUGACUGUGGCUGACCUGGCUGACCUCUUCACCGAAGAGUAUGAGGCGAUGGAGUGACGAAAUGAUGAGCAGUUCGAGGCCACCACCCUGCAGCAUAAACGGGGGGGUGUGUACAGUACCGUAGAGGAAGGCUGAUUCCCUCACAGGCAUCUGGAGAGCUUUUGCAGCCUUUUUUCUUAAGCCUUUGAACAUCUGCUACCAGUUGUACAGGGCUUGCUCAGAUACUUCUUUUUUGUGUUCAGGGUUUUAAACUGUAUUUGUAGGAUGUUGUUUAAAUUUCUCUUAGUGAUACAACAAUACAGAACAUGUAAGAGUAUCUGUGAAACAGAAGAUUAAUGUUUGUAGGUUAUAGUUUUGUCUAUGGUUUUUAAUAUGUCUUUCAUGAUAAAAGGUCAUCAUAUUGGUCAUCACCAAUAGCAGUCAUACACCAAGCUGAGAACUGAGCUUUAAAUAAAGCGUAGCUAUUACUGUUUGAAGGAUUGCGUGUUCGUCUGUCUGUUUAUUUGAUUGGUCCAAACAAUAAGGUGAGCCAGUCUUAGAUGUUUUUAA